UGCAAGUAUUCUACGAAAUGAAUAUUCUACAAAAUAUGAGACCAGCAAAAGUUCAAAAAGUCUGCACAGUUUUAUCAGAAGAGCAAAAACAGCAGCUCUAUGCUUUGAUGGGGUAUGCUGAACUGACUCUUCUCUACAAAGCUUCUGUUCAUGGAUAUGAUGCUUCAGCCUUCCAUCAGCGCUGUGACCGUCAGGGUCCAACCUUACUUGUAGCUUACAAUAAUUCAGGCUACGUCUUUGGAGGAUACACUAGUGUAGAUUAUACUCAAAGUGGACAGUACAUUACAGAUGAGGAGGCUUUUCUGUUCGGCUUUAAAGACAAGAAUUUUGUGAGCAUCAAAGUUAACAGUGGGAAUCACGCACGUCACGAUGAUUCUGGAGUGCCCAACUUCAAUCACUUGUACUUUUGCUAUAACAACCAACCACGUGUGCAUAAUCAAGGAGGUCAAGCAUUCACUUAUAAUUCUGCGACAUUAUAUGGAGACGACACUCAUCUGAGGGACCUAGAGGUGUACAAAGUUGAGGAGAUCUCUCAGGACAGUGUUGAGGAGAAACCUUGGAGGAACGUUCAGUGGACAGCUGAACGAAGAGAAGAGCUUAUGAAAUGCAUCAAGGAUUAUAAACCCCUGGAGUCCUCAGUGAACCGGGUUCGAAUCCUCAUGAUCGGUCCUGUUGGUGCUGGAAAAUCCAGUUUCUUCAACUCCAUCAACUCCAUCUUCACCGGUCAUGUGACCAACAAAGCCAUGGCAGGAUCUUCAAGCACCAGUCUCACCACACAGUUUCGCACAUAUCCAGUGAAAGAUGGCCGUGAGGGAAAGCCAUUACCCUUUGUGUUGUGUGACACUAUGGGACUUGAGGAGCAGUCGGGUGCAGGUCUGGAUACUGAAGACAUCAGCUGCAUUCUCCAAGGUCUCAUACCAGACCGAUAUAAGUUUAACCCCAUGGCACCAUUUGAACAUGAUGAGCAAAAGGCCUCCAGAUCAGCAUCUCUGGAGCAGAAGAUCCACUGUGUGGUGUAUGUGAUAGACGCCACCAAAAUCUCCCUCAUGUCUGUCAAACUGGAGGAAAAACUUGCUGCUAUUCGAAGAAAACUGAACUCACUGGGUGUUCCUCAGAUCGUCUUGAUGACUAAAGUAGACGAGGCGUGUCCUCUGGUGGAGGAGGAUCUUCAAAAGGUUUACAUCAGUUCCUACAUUAAGACAAAGGUACAGGAGGUCAGCUCUCGGCUGGGUGUUCCUGUGUCUUGUGUGUUACCCGUGAAGAACUACAGUCAGGAGCUGGAGCUCAACCUCAGCUGUGAUGUUCUGCUUCUCACUGCUCUACAGCAGAUGCUGCGCUUUGCCGACGACUACUUUGAUGAUAUCAGUCCAGUGGAGGGCCCUCCUAAAUAGAUAAUGGUUGUUUUUCCAAGCUCUUGCAAUUGAAACGAAUUUUUUUUUCUUUUUUUCUUGGCAUAAUUCAGUGAAAUUGUCAGAGACAUCUUGUAACAAAUGUAUGGAAUCAAAUGUAUUGCAAAUUAUCAAUAAAAUAAUGGUCAUUUACGACUUAUUUUAUUGUAUAGCAACCGUUUUAUAGCAACAAUGCAGGUGGCACAUUGUAACAAAUUUAAAUUAUAGCACUGCCCCCUCUUAGCGUUUUGCUUAUUAUUACACGGCUCGUUGGAAUGCUUGAUUCUGAUUGGCCUGUCGCGACAUUUGCAGUUCGUUAUUCCCGGAUAACAACCUCUCAAAACUAAUAACACACGGUAACCCCACACUGUCGGGGCUUAUUUCUGCGAUAACAACCGGCUGCCUG